AGUGCAAACAGUCGUCGGGGAGUAGCCCAGGCGUACACUGUCGUCGAUCAAAGCACGAUAAUCGUGUCGCAUACUCGAAAUACAUAGAUACAAUACACAAUACUAAUAAUCCAUGCUUGGUAUUUGCGUGGUACUUGCAAAGUAGAUUAAUCCUUACAACUGACAAUGAACAGAUUAGUAAACGCCUGUUCGGCUCCGCCAGGCCAUGUUAGGUUCUUAACCAAUCGCAGGAUAUAUCCAGUAGUAGUUACGGCCAAACGCUUCGAGGCGAUCAUGGGCAGGUCCCGUAUGGAUAAGAAGCUCGAGGCUGCGGCAGCGCAGGAGGAGGAUGAGCGGUAUAUGAAGUAUCUGCAGGAGGGUAGCGACUGGCUGUGUAAGCAGUUUACAAACGUUGGGGCCCAGACGAUGGAUGAGGAGAGGCAGGCGAAACUGGACCAGGAACUGCUAGAGGCAGAGAUUAGGGAAAAACAAGUGCGGAUAGAGGACGAUUUGAUCAGAAAGAAACGCAUAAUAAGAGCCAACCGCAUUUUGGAGAGCUUGAAGGCGGGUCAGCGAGCAUUGCACCAUGCAUUGGUCGAGACUCAAGUGGCACACGAGAGGAAAUAUAAUGAGGCUGUCAACCGGGAGAUCGCUGAAGAUGCCAGACGACAAAGGGCCAAAGAGGACGCUAAGUGCCCAGAAACCCUAAUACCAUUUAGCACCAUCACCGAAGAGGAGGUGAAAGCUGAGGAGGUUGCGCGGUCGAUUCGAUUGCGUGCUGAAUUCCUAAAGGAUAUCGAGGAAAGACGUCAAAGGAAAUUGAUGCAAAAAGAGCAGGAGGAGUGCGACACUCUGAUCGAGCGCGCGCAGUACCAAUGCCUGCACGAGAAGGAGCAGAAAGAAGCCAAGGCGCGGGCACAGAAGAAGCGCGAGUUUUGCCGUCGCGCCUAUUGCGAUGCUAUCGAAGAGAAAGCCAAGAUCAAAAAAUACGAGGCCACCUGUGAUCGCAUUCAUGAUCGGCUUAUUUGCGUUGAUGUGACGACUCGUCGCAAUCUGGACAAGCGCUGCAACAUGGAGAAAAAGGCAGCAAGAGCGGAGAAAAUAAAGAAGCAGGAGAUUUAUGCUGAGGAGUUCGGCCGAAUGCAGCAGGAAAACGCGCGCAAGGAAGCAGAAAAUCAGAAGGCAGUUGUCGAGCGCUACCAAGCGGAGGUGGAGAUGGAUGAGGGGCGCCGCCAAUGCGAGAUAGACCAGCUCUCCAAGCAGCGGCGUGCCUACGAGCGCGAGAGCCGCAUCCAGGCUGAGAAGCAACGCCAGCGCCAGGCAGAGCUGCAGCGCUUUGCUGUCGCUGAACGUUUUAAGAACAUGGAGACGAACAGACGUUUCAAUGAAGUCCAAAGACGGAAUAAGGAACGGGAAACGACCAAUUUGCGAAACAUGCUCAUGGGGCAGCGCGAUGAAUUCCUGCAACAUAGCGUACAGGAGAAGAUGCGUGUGUCUGCGUGCCCAUCAGACCAGUACCUCAAAGAAGAUGUGAUAUUCUUCGACGAUGCUGCACAGGCAAUUGUGGAGGCUCACGAGAAGGGAAAGCCCAUGCUUCCGAUUGCCAAGGCGGUAGAAGUUUAUCGCCGACAGAACCAAAUCGGGCAGGCGCCCCAGACCCGAAUGGUUGGCAGGAGCCAACUACGUGACUAUUGCUGGCCCGGAUUCUACUCCAAAGCGGACCUGGCCUACAAAAACUACGAGGCACGCGAGAAAUGCCGCCAAGAGCAAAAAGCUGAUCGCGAAAAGAUACUUGACAACUGCCUUACAAUUACCGAGUUGGCGGCCAAAGAGCAACCGUACCAAAACUGCGAAAUAGUGUGCCCCAUCAAGUGCUUCCAGCAUCGCGGAGUGCCAGCCAUAGCAAGUGUCGAAUCCUUUGCGCCACCGCCGCAGAAUGAGUUCUCUCUCUGCGAGGACAAACCUCUGCCCAUUUCCCCGACUGAGGCCUGUAUGCAGGCACCCACGACAUGUCCAGAUAAUGACCUGUUGACCAAGCCGAAGAAAUUUAAUAAUGUGGAGCCAGUCUGUGUGUCGAAAGUCCCCCCAUUGGAAACUAUUAAAUCAAAUAUAAAAUCUCAACACUCAAUCAUAGCUGCACCUGAGCCGGAAUGCAAAGAUGCAAAGAAGCCCACGGUACCACCUCGCAAGAGGAUUUGGCGCUAAUUCGCGGCAACUUAACUUAACCCAACUCAUUAUAAUCCGUUUGUAUAGCUGGAGCCAUUCGACUUUAGCACACUACCCAAUUAUUAAUUAUUGAUUAUUAAAGGAACAGGCUUACCAUGUAACGCAGGUC